AUGGCUUCAGCUAUAAUAUCAAAUGUUGAUUUAUCAUCUCUUUCAUUAUAUAAAUUAAAAACAAAUUCGAUUUCUUCUCUUUCCGAUCAAAUUGAACGACGUCGUGAAGUAUUAAAAAGACAAAAAGAAAAACGAGAACAAAAAUUAUCUCAACUUCGUUUUUUAACUAAUGAUAAUGAAACAAUUGAAAAUAAUAAACCUCAAUGGCCUCCUCGUCAACAUCGUAAAAAAACAUCAUUCACCUGUCCUAUCGGUAUGAUGCUUGCUGAAUGGUUAUUUACAGCUCCUGAAGAUAUAUCAUCAUGGUUUGCAAUACCAUGUCCUCGUGGACAACGUUGUCUUGUUGUUGUUCAAUCACAUCGAACACAAGUUUAUGGAAAACAUGGUAAUCUUAUAUGGACAAUGUUUACAAAAUUACCUAAACAAACAAUUUUGUAUUGUAUAUAUGAUAAUCGUUCUUCAAUUUAUCAUAUAAUUGAUAUAAUAAUGUGGAAUGGACAAGAUUAUUCAACACAAAUAGAAUGUCAAUGUAGAUUUUAUAUGUUAACAUCAUUAAAUGGUGAUUCAAGAUUAAAUGAACAUUUUCAAAUACUUAAUCGUACAAUACUUGAUAAUAAACAAGAUUUAAUUGAAGCUGAAGAUGGUUAUUUAUUUUAUCAUCCAUUAGGUUUUUAUGAAUCUGGUUAUUCUCCACUUGUUUGUUGGCUUAAACCAUUUAUGAUUGAAGAAAUUCUUGGAAUUAAACUAUCAUAUCCAAUUAAUAAACCUAACGGAUAUACAACAGCACAAGCAUAUAUGCUUGAAGAACAAUCAAAUAGAAAAGAACGACAAUUUGUUGAAAAAUCACACAAAAAAAAAGAGAAAAAGGAAGAAGAUUUAAUGUCCGUAGAUUAA